AUGAUCAAAGUGCAGUCGGCAGACGGAGAGCUGGUGGAGAUCCCUCUCGAGGCGGCCCGGAGGUCAAACGUCGUCAAAGGCAUCCUGGAGGGUGAGCAGAAUCAAUGCAUUGACGGGCUUGCGAGUGGGUGCAUUGUAUGCAGCGCAUUGCUUUCAUCUGUGCAGGUGCUUCGGAUGAGAGUCAGAUCACUCUCCCCAUCGAUGCGCAUCUGCUGAACAUGGUAUUUCACAAGUACUGCGGUCACUAUGCUGGCAGGGAGAUCCCUGUCAUCAAGCCGCCACUGCAGUCGACGGACCACAUCGGAGAAGUGAGUCAUUAUGACACACAUACACGGCGGAUGCGUGUGAGUGAGUGUCUGUGUGUGUGAGGAUGAGUGUCUGUGUGUCGGUUCCUUGGUUGGCGUGUCAUGUCAGGUGCUGCUGCUUGAGCGAGAGGUGCUGGGCACAGCCGAUCGGCAAGAGCUGUACCAAGUCAUGAAGGUACGUGACCGAUAUGGUACCCCAUCCAUCCAUCGUCUGGUUGCGGUCAUGCCUUCAUUGCUGCAUGCAUCAGGCUGCUGAUUGCUUGGACUUGCAAUCGCUCCUACAGCUGACGUAUGCCGCCAUGGCGUGUCACAUCAGGGUAGGUACGGCCACACACAGAGAGGCAUUGAUCACACGUGAUACAGAGGCAUUUUUCCCGUGGGGGCUCGUACAUCGGCCAGUUUGACCAGACGGGGCCAGCUGUGGCCUUAAGCAAGCGGUCCCGUCUGGUCAAACUGUAAGGGGCACACGUAUGAGGUGCAGCUGUCCUUGAGGGACGCUUUGUAUUUGUGUUGUUUGGGUACGUGCAACGACAGACAAGAGUGCGUGUCGAUGGCAGUGCGUGAGAAGACCGGGCUGUAUUGCGAUGGCGGGCAACGUGCGUGUGGGCAUAAGCAGCAUCUUUUCUUUUAUCGUUGCCUACACUUUAUAUCUG